GUCAUCAGGAAACAUGUUUUGCUCUCUCCCCCUGGAAACUCUUGUGCGUAGAACGUUGUGUUGGUGCGGGAGGUGUUUGUGGCCAGCUAGCUAGCUACCGAUACCAUAACGAAUAAACACAGGAGUAUGCUGCCCAUACAAACACUCAAGGCCUAGUAGAAACACCAUGGAAGAGUCAGGAGGCAGGCCACGCUACCCCAAGCAGGAAGGCCGGGAGAGGGGCCUGGUGGCAGAUGAGGCUGAGACCUGGAGGAACCAGGAUGCAGGGAGAGGGUACAGCCCCAAGCCGGAGAGGCGUGGCCAGGGGAAGAGGGGAGGCCACGGAGGGCUUCACCACGCCAGCUCCAAGAAGGGAGCGAUGGAGCCCCAGAGCAGCUACCCUGCAGGGGGAUUCAAGGAGGGCCACAGCCCCUCACAGAGGGAGGACUUCCAGAGAGCCAGGUACCCAGAGAGCCAGCAGGCCGAGGGCCGGGAGGAGAACUGGAGAGAGCGCCCUUCACAACGCCGGAGGAGAACUUCUCAGGGAGAGGACAGGGAGCAGAGGAGAGACAACGUUGACAACACACUUCACUCAGGGGGCAGGAAUCGUAGAAACCAUAACUGGAGGCGGGGUCUAGGUGAGGAGGACCAUGGGCCGGUGGUGGAUGAGUCGGCUCUGUCAGCCAAAGAGCUGCUGGGACUGAAACAGGCGGAGGACAAGAUUGGCAGAGAGAAGAUCUUCCGUCUGAAGAAGAGAUCCCACAGUAAUCCCAGUGCUGUCUACUCCUGCUCUCUGUGUGAGGUACUGCUGGACUCUGUCUCUGAAGCUCACAGACACAUCAAAGACAAGUGGCACAAGAGGAGAGCCAAGGAGCGUUGUGAGGAGGAGAUGCUGACGGAGAUUGCGCCCCCCAGGGCGGAGCAGGUGGCAGCAGUGGGCAUGGCCCUGGAGGGCGUGGUCAGAGAGAGGGGGAUGAGUGACCAGGAUGUAGAGAACAGACAAAAGAUCGUCUCCAACAUGCAGGAAGUCCUAACAGCCGUCCUGCCUGAGGUGAAACUCAGGCUCUAUGGGUCUUCCUGCACCAAGUUUGGUUUCAAAGAUUCUGAUGUCAACAUUGAUAUCCAGUUCCCCCCUCAUAUGCAUCAGCCAGACGUUCUGUUGCUGGUCCAGAAGAGUCUGUCAGUCAGCCAUCUCUUCGGUAACCUGGAGGUAGACUUUCAUGCCAGGGUACCGGUGGUCAUCUGUACAGACAAGGACAGUGGUCUGGUGUGUAAGGUGAGCGCAGGAAAUGACAACGCCUGCCUGACCACCUCCUUCCUGUUUGAGCUGUCCAGUCGGGAGCCUCUCCUGCUGCCACUCGUCCUUGGUUUCAGACACUGGGCCUGGAUCUGUCACGUGGACCGAGCGGAGGAGGGAGGUCUGCCUUCAUACGUCCUGGCUCUCAUGGUCAUCUACUUCCUCCAACAGAGGAAACGGCCCGUCCUGCCUGCCUACCUGGGACACGAGAUAAAGGAGUUCUCCAUCAGCAGGCUACAUGAAUUCAGUCUGACCUACAUGGAGGACGGCUGUGUCCACUGGGGUUACCACCCCGUCUCCAAGGACUCUUCCUCACCCCCAGAAACUAUCUUCAGGGAGGGCAAGGCUCCUCUGGUGUUCCAGAGCUCUGUCUCUCCACCAUCUGUGGGUCUUCUGUGGGUGGAGAUGCUGCGUUUUUAUUCGCUGGAGUUCAACAUGACGGAGUGUGUCAUCAGCGUGCGCACCAGCCUCGUCUUAUCACGGGACGCCAAGGACUGGCCCAAGAAACGCAUUGCCGUGGAGGAUCCGUUUGCUGUGAAGAGGAACGUGGCUCGGACAUUGAACAGCCAACAGAUGUACGAGUACAUCCUCCACUGCCUCAAAUCGACUUACAAGUACUUCGCCCUGCCCCUCAGCCUUCCAUCAGCCAACCACAAGAUGGCAGGGCCUCGAGGAGCUAAUUACAAACAAGGGCCUCGUCAGAAGGCUCUGAGUGACGUGAGCCGUGUCCAAUCAGGGUUGAGCAGUCUCAAACUGGAGUCUCAGGCAGCCAAUGGGCAGAAAGGAGAGGCGGGCUUUAAGCAUGACUCUGACUGUAUGGUGGAGGAAGAGGAGGAGAGCCCUUCAGACUCUGAUAACGAAGGAGAGAAAGAAGAUGAGGAUUUGGGGAAGAACAGCCUAUCGGAGGAGGAAGAGGAGGAUGAAGAGCUAGAUGAGGAAGUAUAUCCCAGACAUCACCUCGACAGUGUAAACACGGAGGACGAAGAGCUGUUCCCAUUGGACGAGGUCUCGGAGGAGCUUCUCUCAGACGAGGAGGGGCCAGACCUAGACACUCCCAGUUCAUUGGACGAGGAGGAGGUAGCCUCGCCCAAACAGGAUGUGCUUGACAACAAGACCGAGGGGGCCAGUGGUCUCUGCUAUGGCUUCAUCAGACAGGCCUUCACCCGUGGAAAGUCCCAUACAGUGGUGUGCAGUGUGUGUAAGCGGGACGGCCAUCUAAAGAAAGACUGUCCUGAAGACUUCCAGAGGGUUCAGCUGGCCCCUCUCCCUCCCAUGACACCUGCCUUCCUCAAAACACUCAACACCGUCUGCCAGCAGUGCUACCGAGACUUUGCUCCAGAUGAUGUGGAGCUGGGAGUGAGAGAACACAUCCUGCAGGACCUGGAGAGCUUCGUCAAACGACAGUUCACAGGUGCCAGACUGAGGCUGUUUGGUUCGUCUAAGAACGGUUUCGGCUUCAAGCAGAGUGACCUGGACAUCUGUAUGGUGCUGGACGGACAGGAGACCGCUGAAGGUCUGGACUGUAUCAGCAUUAUAGAGUCUCUGGCCAGACUGCUGAGGAAACACCCAGGACUGAGGAACAUCCUCCCCAUCACCACGGCUAAGGUCCCCAUCGUUAAGUUCUACCACGCCAGGACCGGCCUGGAGGGAGACAUCAGUCUCUACAACACGCUGGCCUUACACAACACGCGUCUGUUGGCGUCGUACGCUGCCAUCGACCCCCGAGUCAAGAUGCUGUGUUAUGUCACGAAGGUGUUUGCCAAGUUGUGUGAUAUCGGUGAUGCGUCUCGAGGAAGUCUGUCGUCCUAUGGCUUCACCCUGAUGGUGCUAUUCUACCUGCAACAGAGGAACCCACCUGUUAUACCUGUACUACAGGAGAUUUAUGACGAGGAGAAGAAGCCUGAGGUUUUGGUAGAUGGAUGGAAUGUCUACUUCUACGAUGAUCUGGAUAAACUGCAUGAGCGCUGGCAGCAGAAGAACCUGGAGUCUGUAGGUGCUCUGUGGCUGGGCCUGCUGCAGUUCUACACCGAGACCUUUGACUUCAGAGAACAUGUCAUCUCCAUCAGACAGAGCGCAGCUCUCACCACCUUCAACAAGCAGUGGACCUCUAAGUACAUCGUCAUCGAGGAUCCUUUUGACCUGAACCAUAACCUGGGAGCUGGCCUGUCCAGGAGAAUGACCAACUUCAUCAUGAAGGCGUUCAUCAAUGGCAGAAGUGUGUUUGGAACAACAGUCAAAGCCUUCCCUCCUGAGUACACUAGUCAGAUGGAGUUCUUCUUUGAUCCUGAGGUGCUGACAGAGGGACAGCUGGCUCCUAACGACCGCUGCUGCAGGAUAUGUGGCAAGAUCGGACACUUCAUGAAAGACUGCCCCAUGCGCAGGAAGUCUAGGCAGCGUCGUGAACAGGAGGACCGAGCGGAGGGAAGGAGGGACUGGGCGGAGGGGGGCAGGGAACAUCGUCAGGGUGAAUACUGGAGAAGACAGGAAGAGAAACGGUGCUGCUUCCUGUGUGGAAGCCACGCCCACAUCAAGAAAGACUGCCCCCAGUACAGAGGACCAGCUGGGGCCUUCUCUUCAUCUCCCUCUACGAGCCACAUGAGGAAUUUGAGAGAGAGAAAAACAGGACUCGCCUCAACAGGAGGGAAAAAAGAAAAAGAAGCGACACCAAAAUAUGAUUGAGUUCACAAGCAGGCAGUCUAGCCAGCAGACACAUGGGUCUGUCUGGUCCCAGAAGGAGCCCAGUGGACUGAGGAGAUGGGGAGAGAGAGAGAGGCAGCUCUAGCCCCAAACCUCCGGGUUCUACUCUACUCCCUCUGAGGUCUGACCUCCAGUCCACCAGCCUGAACCUAGAACAUCCGGAACUCAGAACCCUACCUGUUGGAACCCUGACAUGGAACCCCAGUGGAUGGUGGCAGAGCCUGAGUGCCUGUCUCCCAAAUGGCACCCUAAUCCCUAUAUAGUGCACUACUUAUGACCAGGGCUUUACGUUUGACCAGAGCCCUGGUCAUAAGUAGUGCACUAUAUAGGGAAUAGGGUGCCAUAUGGGACAUAGAGAGGGUAUUUUAUGUUUUAACUACCCCUCCUGCCUCAGAGGAACUUUUUAAAGCGUUGUAUUGUGUUUUAACUGAAAAGCCAUUUUGCAUGCUCCUCCUCUAAGUUCAUUUUUAUUUUUUAAUGUUAUUUUAAAAGUGAUUAUUUGUUAGAUUUGUCUCGUGCAAUGAUGUCCCCCCCCCCCAAACACCCCCUCUCUUCCGCGUUGUCUCGUCUAAUCCAGUUUGAGCCGGGCUGUGUGACUGUGUGUGUUUGUCUGCUCAUCUCUGUGCGUGCUUGAAAAGUGGUGAAUCUGUAUUCAGAGGUGGAUGAACGGCCCUGAAACAGACGGGUUCUUUAGAUAAUAAUGGACAGUUUGUAUUCAAUUGUCUCCUUCAUGUCAGAGUCUCCAAACAUGGUAGCUAAAGAUGAAUUCCAUAUUGCUUCUGCCUGCUCCCUCUAAACACGCCAUAGGUGCAGAAUAUAUGGUCCUGUAUUGGGUUACUAGUAGCCAACCCCAAUGUGUGUCGAUCUGAGAGGCCUGGAUAUAAGCAAUAUGGUAAAACAUGAAAUGACAACCUUGUCUAUAGCUUGUGACACCAUAUUGUUUAUAUACUGAACCACUUGUCUUUUAUGAUCAGGGUUUUGGGUUGAGGGUUGAUUUUGGGUUCGGGGUGCAGGGAGUGGUAAAGGGGGAACCCCGGGAAACGUGUUUUCUGUUUUUAUGUUGCCUUUUUGUGGCCACAGUGCCUCUGAUUGGUGGGCCUGGUAGCUGUGAUGUCAGAUUCUGUCCACUCUGGUCUGGGAUGCUAGUGUUCUGAGACCUGCUUUAUAAAUAAACUUUCUUUACAAAACAAAAAGGAAA